AUGGCUCAAGCUCCCGAAUUCUCAUACGGCCUUCUUUCCUGCUUCGAAGAUUGCGGUGUUACCGUCUAUGUUUGCUUCUGCUUGGACUGCGCACUUGCUAACAACUGGGCAAUGACACGUAGCGAAUCUUGCAACCUCUGUCACUUAUGCUGCCUCGUUUCCCCAUAUUGGACACGCCAGGUCAUCCGUACACGCAGACACAUGAGACGUGAAACAUUCGGCGACUGCCUCGUUAUGGUAUGCUGCUUACCUUGCAUGAUUUGCCAAGACCAGCGUGAAUUGAAGAAUGGCCAAUGCGGUCUUCCACCAAGUGAGUUCUACUUCAACGAGCAGAGGAAUGCUCCUCUUCUUCCACAAAGACCACAAGGUGGAUACCCACAACAGGGCGCUCCACAAGGAUAUGCUGCUCCACCACCACAGGGCUAUGCAGCUCCACAGUACGCUGCUCCACAGGGCUACGCAGCUCCACCACCACAAGGAUAUGCAGCUCCAGCUUAUCCAGAACAAAAAUAA